GAACCAGCGGGAGGAGGACCUGCGUGAGAACCACCCGUACUUCGACACGCCGCUGUUCGCGGUGGGGCGGGAGAGCAGGUUCAGGAGGCUGUGCCAGUGCAUCGUGCACUCCCGCUACGACACCAGCGUCAAGGACCCCGUCACUGGCAAGGAGAGGAAGACCAAGUACAAGCGUCUGAGGAACCUGCUGGGACUGGUCACCUACCUGGACUGGGUGAUGAUUAUGGUGACGACCGUCUCCUGCUGCUCCAUGAUGAUGGAGACGGCAGAGCUGCGGGUCAUGGAGAACUCCGAGCUCCAGGUAGCGGAGUAUCUGUUCGUGGUGUUCAUGUCGCUGGAGCUCACGCUCAAGAUCCUGGCCGACGGGCUGCUCUUCACACCCAAGGCCCUCAUCAGGGACAUGGCCGGCGUGCUGGACCUCUUCAUCUAUACAGCGCUCAUCAGGGACAUGGCCGGCGUGCUGGACCUCUUCAUCUAUACAGUGCGUGCUGUGUAG